UUGGGGGCCUCGGGGAGCAGGAGAGAGAGUGAAUUAGGCUCCAGUGCAUCAGCGUCACCUGGAGGACGUGUUAAAGUGAAGAAUGAUGCAGCGGCCUGGAUUGGUUCACAGGCGAGUUCAGAAUGUCCACACAGGCCUCGACCUGACGGUGCCCCAGCACCAGGAGGUGCGGGGCAAGAUGAUGUCAGGGCACGUGGAGUACCAGAUCCUGGUGGUCACCCGGCUGGCUGCGUUCAAGUCGGCCAAGCACAGGCCCGAGGAUGUCGUCCAGUUCUUGGUCUCCAAAAAGUACAGCGAGAUUGAGGAGUUCUACCAGAAACUCAGCAGCCGUUACCCAAAGGCCGGUCUUCCCCCGCUCCCCAGGAAGGUCCUGUUUGUUGGGGAGUCUGACAUCCGGGAGAGGAGAGCCGUGUUUGACGAGAUUCUGCGCUGUGUCUCGAGGGAUGCCGAGUUGGCCGGCAGCCCAGAGCUGCUAGAGUUCUUAGGCACCAGAUCCCCUGGGGCUGCAGAUCUCAGCAGCAGAGAUUUCUCUGUCCUGGACACAGACAGCCAAGCAGGAGAUGACGGGGAUGCUUUUGACUUCUUCCAGCAGCAGGACCAGGUGGAGGGUGAGGGCCCACCCGUUCUGGGCCAGAGGGGCGAGGAUGCAGGGAAGUCCUCAGAGGAGGAGGAGGAGGCACUGGACCCUCUGGGCAUCAUGCGCUCCAAGAAACCCAAGAAACGGCCUGAAGUGGCCAUGACGCCCAAACCCCCACCCCGGCUCACCAUCUUUGAUGAGGAGGUGGACCCCGAUGAGGGGCUGUUCGGCCCAGUCAGGAAGCCUUGUCCCCAGGGCUCCGCAGAGGACUCCCUGAAACUGUUUGACGAUCCUGACCUCGGCGGAGCCGUCCCCCUGGGUGACCCCCUACUGCUGCCAGCUGCCCACGAGCGUGGAGGGCCCACGUCCUGCGCAGACCACAGGGAGGCCUCCAAGGACCUGUUUAGAGUCGAAGAGGACUUGGACCAGAUUCUCAACCUGGGAGCUGAGCCCAGACUCCAGCCUCAGCCCAGGCCCAGGCCCAAGCCCAAGCCUCCAGUGGCAGCUAAGCCAGUGCUGCUCAGAAAGCCAGCUGUUCCCCCCACAGCAAGCCCAUCUGAGGCUGUGGCCGGGCAGCGGAAGCAGCAGCAGCAGAUCCAAGCCAUGGACGAGAUGGACAUCUUACAGUACAUCCGGGACCACGACGCGCCUGGCCAAGCCACCCCCAGCCUCUUCUGACUGCCCCCUCACCCCCCAUGCUGUUCCUGAGCCAGCAGGCCCUCUCCCGUGGAGGGGCUUGGGGUGAGGUGCAGGCUUUACCCUGUAAGGGCUGGAACCUGUAUUCCCAAGGGAGAGAGAGUGGAAGCCAGGGUCUUAGGUCCCCUGUACUGCCUUUUCCCUUUUUCUCAGGCCUGUGGGGUCAUGGAACCCUGCAAGAUGCAGAGAACGAGGUCACCAUAGGAAUCAGAGCCUAAACUGUCUCAGCCACGUGGAUGUGGAGGGGAGAGCAUGUGGGGAUGCCUUGCUAACCAGGAGCUUGCCCCCAGGAUGUUGAGAGCCGGGGAGAGGGGGAGCCCAGGGAGGCUCCACUCGGGGCAGGGAAACUUUGUGCCCACUGGUGCCCACCAGCUCUGCCAGCCCCAACAUAGGAGGGAGGGCCUGGCCAACUUGUGGGGGGUUGGGGGGUCCCUAUACCAAGCCACUCUGGAAUCUUUGGUCAGCAUGGCUUCUGGGGUCCGUAGACCCUGGGAGGGUCCCGAGGGUGCCUAGAAGAGCCUGGCUGGGUAAGGUGACCCUAAGCUAUCUCUGGUUACCAGGCGCUAAGCAGGGUG